AUGGUCGACCAAUCAGAGGCCGCGUCUCUCAAGCGCCAGCGCACGACCAUAAAGGCAUCAUGUACGCGUAUUAGAACGUAUGUAGACACUAUCACCGCCAUUACAUCGUCAGUAAUCAUUCAACUAGAAGAGCGUAAGAUAAAGCUCGAAUAUUAUUGGUCGCAAUACUAUGACGUGCAAUCGCGAUUAGAAUCAUUUGACGAGGCCGAGGGUGCAGAUCGAGGCGGUUUUGAGGAAGCAUUUUAUGCGUUAUCUUCCAGGAUCCGCGAGCUGGUUGCACCCUCGCCGACAUCGCGAGCGUCCGCAUCAUCUAUUUCCUCUUCAAAUGCUCGGGAUUCAGAUCGUGGAACGCACAUCCGACUUCCUAAGUUAAAUUUACCAACAUUCACGGGUAAAUAUGAUGAAUGGUUGCCGUUUUACGAUACAUUCAAUGCCGCGAUCCACUCCAACACCUCUCUUUCCGAUACUCAGCGAUUUCAAUAUUUACGGGCGUCCCUCACCGGCGAUGCGAGUGCCGUAAUCAGUUCAUUAGAACUUUCAGACGCUAAUUAUGAUGUCGCGUGGUCAAUUCUCAAGGACCGUUAUGACAACAAGCGCGUAAUCAUUCAAAGCCACGUCAAGGCCAUAUUGGAUCUGCCGUUGAUGUCCAAGGAGAAUUCGGUCGAUCUUAGAAAAAUAUCUGACGGUACCUCAAAACACUUGCACGCCCUUCAGGCUUUAAAACGUCCCAUCGCGCAUUGGGACGAUAUUCUCAUUUCAAUUCUAACCUCUAAAUUGGAUUCGCUCACGAUUCGCGAAUGGGAAAAUUCUCUAACAGGCAACGAACUGCCAACCUUGAAGCAGCUGGUAGACUUCAUUGCUCAUCGAUCUCAGGUGCUCGAGGCCACCGCAAGGGCCAGCACCGCUCUCGCGAGAAAGGCUGAGUCGAAAUCGCAGCCAUCAGCCAAGCGGGCAUCUUCAUGCGCAGCCACCGUCAAACCCAGGUGCCACUUUUGCCAAGGCGAUCAUGCUAUUUAUUAUUGUAAGAAAUUCGUGGCGCUUCCGGUCUCGCAGAGGGCCGUGGAAAUUCGCAGUCGCAAGCUCUGUGCAAAUUGCUUGCGUUCAUCUUCUCACGCUUCGAACAAAUGUACUUCCGGUCAAUGCAAGGUUUGUCAUGCGAAGCAUAACACACUUCUCCACAUGCCUGCUGCCGCGGACGCAUCUACCGACAAGGAGGCUACAGCUAAGGCGGACGCGCCUUCUUCAAUACUGGCUACGCACACCUCAGGUUCCGUUAGCAAUGAGCAAGUUAUGCUAUCAACAGCAGUGGUGUACGUUUGCGAUAACGAGGGCUCAGAUAGGGCUUGCCGGGCAUUGUUAGACUGCGGAUCCCAAGCCAAUUUCAUAUCCAGAAAAUUGGUGCAAGAUCUCGGUUUAAAAACGCGCCCGCUGAAUGUCUCCAUUUCUGGCGUCAACGGUACGGUAGCUACGUCUCAUCACGUUACGCAAAUCAAAUUACAAUCGCGAGUCAGUUCGUACACCGCGGUCAUAGAAUGCAUUAUAGUUGAUCAAGUCACUGACAAAAUUCCCGCGGUUUCGACAGCACGUGACAUUUUUAAAUUUCCGCGAAACAUUCGCUUAGCCGAUCCGCGAUUCAACAUAUCGUCGGAUAUUGAUCUUUUAAUCGGAGUUGAACUGUUUUGGAGUUUAAUUUGCGUUGGUCAGGUCAAGUCGUCGGACGACCAUCCAACUCUUCAGAAAACGCGAUUAGGUUGGAUCCUGGCGGGUCGCUUGGGCGCUGUUACCGCGGCCAUUUCAAAGGUCCAUUCCUUUCAUGCAUCCAUAAGCAAUGCUGAAUUACACGAGCAUGUUAGCCGCGCAUGGCAGAUGGAAAACAUAUCCUCAGGUUCAGAUCGUUACACAAUGGAGGAAGGCAUCUGCGAACGUCAUUUUAUGGACAACGUAUCUCAGAAUUCUCAGGGCAGAUAUACGGUCAAGCUCCCUAUCAAAGAGCAUGCACUAGGUAAGAUCGGCGAUUCGCGUGACGCGGCCCUGAAGCGCUUGAAGAGAAUCGAGAGGCGAUUCAAGCGUGACCCAGCACUCAAAAUUCAAUAUGCAGAAUUUGUCAAGGAGUACAUAUCCCUAGGGCACAUGCGACGGUUGGAACCCCCUAUCACAGAGGAGCCAGCAUCAUUCUAUCUCCCUCAUCACUGUGUGUUUAAAAUCGUUGGCCAGACAUCAAAAAUCCGAGUCGUCUUUGAUGCCUCGUGUCGCAGCACCACGGGCGUGUCGUUGAAUGAUGUUCUUCUAGUGGGCCCAAAUGUCCAACAGGACUUAAUUUCGAUUUUGUUGCGGUUUCGGUAUUUUUUAUAUGUUAUCACUGCCGACAUUAUAAAAAUGUACCGGCAAAUUUCAAUGCAUCCCUCUCAGACGCGGUUACAGAGAAUUCUUUGGCGCGACGAUCCGUCUAUGAAUGUCGAUACAUACGAACUCACCACCGUCACUUAUGGAACGGCUUCGGCGUCAUUUCUGGCUACCAGAUGUCUAAAGCACUUGGCUGAGCAACACGCGUUUCAAUUUCCGCGCGGUUCAGCAUGCGUCCUUCGCAAUUUUUAUGUCGAUGAAAUGCUCGCUGGGGCGGAUGCCAUUGACGAGUUGAAGUUAAUCCGUGACGAGACCAAUCAGCUGUUGAAACUAGGAGCGUUCGAAUUAAGCAAAUGGGCCUCGAACACCCCUGAGCUAUUAGAAGCAGAUAAUCGUGACUGUGACCCAGUCGAGAUUAAGGACAAACCCACGGACUCAUACAUUCUCGUCGCUAAAUGGUUCGAUCCUCUCGGCCUUCUGGGGCCAAUCAUCGUUGUUGCAAGGCUCAUUUUGCAAGAUCUGUGGCAAUUGUCCAUCCAAUGGGACGAGUCCGUUCCUCAGGAUAUUCACACUCGUUGGAUUGCGUUCAGGGCACAAAUGGAAACAUUGAAUCAAUUAAGAAUUCCCCGAUGCGUCAAGUCAGAAUUCAAUCAGCUGAGCUUGGAAAUACAUGGAUUUUGUGACGCCAGCGAGCGCGCAUUCGGAGCCUGCAUAUACCUUCGCACCGAGCUCGAGCACAAUGAAUAUCGCUCCACAUUGUUAUGUUCGAAAUCUCGCGUCGCACCUCUUAGGGCUGUCUCCUUGCCACGAUUGGAAUUAUCAGCUGCUUUAUUGUUGGCGCGUUUAAUCGAUAAGGUUAAAAAUUCACUAGAAUGUUCCCAAUGCCCGAUCUAUCUUUGGUCAGAUUCGACAAUAGCACUGAAUUGGAUCACCUCCCCAUCUCGGCGGUGGUCAACUUUCGUGGCAAAUCGGGUGGGUGAGAUUCAACGCCUUACGGAGAUCGGACAUUGGCGGCAUAUCACAUCGGCCCACAACCCUGCCGACAUAUUAUCGCGGAGACUAGCUCCCGGCGAGCUAAUCAAUGCUGAGAGUUGGUGGAGUGGACCUAAUUUUUUAAAACGGGAUGAGCAACACUGGCCACCCAGUGUAUUCGUGCGUUUGGAAAACGAUCUUCCCGAGCAAAGGAAACUCCAUGUGACCGCUUCCAUCUCCUAUCCAUGCGUUGUCAGUGGUCUACUAAAUAAGUAUUCCAAUUUGGAUAAAAUAUGCCGUAUCAUAGCGUAUUGUCUGCGAUUGUCAAAGGCACACCGUGCACACGCGGUAUCUGACUUCGUGUCUCCCGUUGAAAUUUCUGCCGCUCUAAUUUGUAUUUGCAAGGCGGUACAACGACGAUCAUUCCAUAGUGAGUAUCAAGCGUUAGAUAAGAACGGCGUUAUAAAUACUUCGAGUAGUAUCCUAUCAUUAUCCCCCUUCUUAGACAGGGAUGGCCUGAUUCGGGUCGGCGGGAGACUAAAAAACUCGAAUCUUUCAUUCGAUGCAUGCCACCCAGCGCUACUACCGCGCAAGCAUAUAUUAACCCAGCGAGUCAUUGAACGCGAGCACCUACGAAACUUGCACGCCGGUUUGCAAGCCACGAUGGCCUUCGUCCGACAGCGGUUUUGGCCGUUGUCCUUGCGAUCCACCACGCGGGGAAUAAUACAAAAAUGUACAGUUUGUUUCAAGGCUAAACCUAAGUGUUCGGAAGCGGUCAUGGGCUUCUUGCCGGCAAGCCGGGUUAAUGUUUCCAGACCAUUCUCUCACUGUGGUGUGGAUUAUGCCGGACCUCUCCUGUUGCGUGAGGGAAGGCGUCGUAACUCACGAAAUCACAAGUCGUAUCUCUCAAUCUUUGUAUGCUUCGCCACGAAGGCGGUCCACCUAGAGCUAGUAAGUAACCUUACGUCUGAGGCGUUUAUUGCCGCUUUCAAGCGAUUCAUUUCACGCAGGGGCAAACCCUUGCAUAUGUACUCAGACAACGGGACCACUUUCGUGGGCGCACAAAGACAAAUACAAGAAUUGUACGACGUCUAUAAUGAUCCACAAGUUCAAUCCGAAAUCAAAUAUUUUUUACGCGAUUCGGGGAUUUCAUGGAGUUUCAUCCCGCCUAAUGCCCCCCAUUUCGGGGGCUUGUGGGAAGCGGCCGUGAAAUCUGCAAAGUAUCAUAUAGCCCGGAUUGUGGGCAAGGCGCAUCUGACCUUUGAAGAAAUGCAGACAACUCUUUGCGAGAUAGAAGCGAUACUUAAUUCGCGCCCCCUCGCGCCUUUAAGCACCGAUCCUAACGACUUAGCGUAUUUAAGCCCGGGACAUUUUUUGGUUGGCACGGCGUUGAAUGGUCUUCCUUGCUCGGACUUGAGUAACGUUAGCGAAAAUAGGUUGUUAAGAUGCCAACGAGUGGAGCAAAUCCGGCAGCACUUUUGGAGCAGGUGGAGUAAUGAAUACCUCCACACUCUUCAAGCACGAACCAAAUGGAUGGUCAACAAAGGGAAUCAGUUGUCAGUUGGCCAACCCGUUCUCAUGAGGCAACAAGGUGUGGCCCCGCUGCAAUGGGCGAUGGGGCGAGUGCAGGAGGUACAUCCCGGCCCUGACGGGAUCACACGUACCGCUACGAUUAAGACUGCCAAGGGUCUCUACGUGCGGCCACUCUCCAAGCUAGCGAUACUACCUAUUGCGUGCUAG